AUGAGCAAAACAAAGGACGAUCAAGUGAAAAUAUAUCCGAUUCACGACGGCGAGCAACUUGAAGCUCUGACGUUACUGUUAGUAGGGGAAGCUUAUUUAUGGUUUGUGGGAAAAGGCGAGACUAUUGCUAAUGCUGAAAAAUGUAGAAAGUUAUUUCUUGUUAAGGAAUCAUUAAAAACACAUGUUGCAUUACAAGAUCCGAAAUCAAUCGAAGCAUUUUUAUCAUCAGCACGAAAAAUUGACGGUAUUUCUGCAAAUGAUACUUAUUUGGAUGCAGCCACCUAUCAGAAUCGACCAAAUCAAAUGAACUAUGCACUAAUUUCGAACAAUAAUUUCCGUCAAAGCAAUUUUCGAUACUCAACUGCACCAAAAAUCGUCCCAUGUAUAAUCGAAACACAUCAAGUGGAUACAAUGGUGGCCGACAAAACAAACCUUCGGAGCAUACAAGACCAACACAGCGAUCGAACGCAUGUUUUAAUUGCGACACUCUGA